UGUGUCCAUGGAAAAAUGAGGAAGGCGCUGCAUGAUUAGGACCUAAGGGGCAACCCAGCAAACUGAGAGCGUAAUGAUGCCCCUAAAUGAAGGGGGAAAUGUGCCGCGGCGCGCUCUAUUAAUCAGACUGUCAAUUUCACCCCCGAGGCCAAACCCCCGGGCGAGCAGAACUGGCUCCGAACGGGCAAAGGACCGGAGCCUUCUUCCUCACUUCUUGUCUCUUCUCAUCUUCUACCUGGAUCUAUUUGUCUGCUCUGAAGUCGCCUUCAUUACCCACUGACAGGAGCGUGUAUUUAUUUGCUUAUAAACCUGUUACAAUAAAUGAUUAUUCGAACGGCGUCAUUCGUACCUUAAUGACGAGCGGGCGCUACUUUUUGAUGAAUGACAUCUCGGGCUCGGAAGGAUGUAUGGGUCAUUUUGACCAGUCAUUCCCUCGCUCUGGCAUCCCACAAUUUUUCCGCCUCCCUCCAAAAGAGAUAAUAAUAUUUAGAGGCGCUUGCUGGGGCUGAAUGAGAAUUAGCCCUAGACGCAGAGCAUCAUUAGGACGGGACAGCCGGGCCACUGUGACAUUUUUUAGAAAGCUGAGAUGAUGGAAAGAAUAAGAAAAGAGAUGAUUCUGAUGGAGAGAGGGCUCCACAGCCCUACCGCCAGCAAGAGGUUCUCCAAUUUGUCCGACUCCGCUGGCAGUGCUGUGCUGGAGGCCCUGGAAAAUUCGCAGCACCCAGCUCGCCUCAGUCCGCGCCUACCUUCCGCCCCCCUACACGGCGCUCUGGGAGACCUCCCCGCCAAGGGCAAAUUCGAAAUAGACACUUUGUUCAACCUGCAGCACCCGGGCAGCGAAAGCACCGUCUCCUCCGAAAUCGCCUCCGCUACCGACAGCCGCAAGAAGCCGAGCCAUUAUUCAGAGGCGGCCGCCGAGGCCGACAUGAGCAGCGACGUGGAGGUGGGCUGCUCGGCGCUUCGUUCCCCCAGCGGCCUCGGCGCUGCGCCGCUCAAGGAAAACAAUGGCAAAGGGUACACGGAGAGCGGCUCGGCGGCUGGAACCACGACGUCAGCGUCGGGCUCAGGCCUCGGCAGCCUAUAUGGAGGCGGCGGCGGCGGCGGNGGCGGGGGUGCGGCGUUGGGCGGCUCUGGCUCUGGCGCAGAUCAGGUGCGGCGCUACCGAACUGCGUUCACCCGUGAGCAGAUCGCGCGCCUGGAGAAAGAAUUCUACCGAGAGAACUAUGUGUCGCGGCCCCGCCGGUGCGAACUGGCCGCUGCGCUCAACCUGCCCGAAACCACCAUCAAGGUGUGGUUCCAGAACCGGCGCAUGAAGGACAAGCGGCAGCGUCUGGCCAUGUCGUGGCCGCACCCAGCCGACCCCAGCUUCUACACCUACAUGAUGACGCAUGCGGCCGCCACCGGAAGCCUGCCCUACCCUUUCCACUCGCACGUGCCGCUGCACUACUACCCACACGUGGGCGUCACGGCGGCAGCAGCUGCGGCCGCAGCUUCUGGUGCAGCGGCCGCAGCUUCGUCGCCCUUUGCUACUUCCAUUCGUCCACUGGACACCUUCCGCGCCCUCUCUCAUCCCUACUCCCGGCCGGAGCUGCUGUGCAGCUUCCGCCACCCAGGUCUCUACCAGGCGCCCGCGGCCGCUGCGGGGCUUAACAGUGCUGCCUCCGCCGCCGCAGCUGCAGCAGCUGCAGCGGCUGCGGCCUCCUCGGCGGCUGCGGCCGGGGCGCCCCCCAGCGGCGGUUCUGCGCCCUGCUCAUGCCUCAGUUGCCACAGCAGUCAGUCCGCUGCAGCGGCUGCAGCUGCAGCCGCCGCAGCCCUGGGCUCCCGAAGUGGAGGUGGCGGCGGGGGCGGUGGCGCUGGGGCCGCGGGGGGCUCGGACUUCGGCUGCAGCGCCGGGGCGCCGCGCUCCGAGAGCGGCUUCUUACCCUAUUCUGCGGCAGUGCUUAGCAAGACCGCCGUGAGCCCGCCAGACCAGAGGGACGAGGCGCCGCUCACCAGAUAACUACGUCGUGCCGCCAGGGGGCCGUGCCUGUAGCUCUGCGGGUGCCCGGGAGUCCCCUGUGCACCCCCUGCCCUUUCGGCGCGCUUCCCGCUGCUACCGCUGUCGCCAGGGGGCGCCCCGGGGUGCAGGAGGUUGAAAGGAACCUGCCGCGAAUUGGAGGGAAGGAGUCAGCGCGAAAGCCUGGCGGGCGUCCCCCCAAAUUAUUUCUAUUUUUGUAUUUCCCAACCGUCUCUCCCCUCUUUUCCCUCCUCAAAAUGUUUCCUGCCAUCUGGGUCCCGCUUCCCACCUCUUUCUGAGCUCUUGGUCUCCCCGAAGACAAUCCCCCUAUCCCCAAAGAAGUUCUCCCGGGUCUUGAGCCCUGGCUGUGCGCCCUCACGCCUGAGUUUCUCGGUAGAACCACGUGGCCAGAAGCAAUGCAGAACCACGACGAAGAGGGAAUAGUGUGCGCUAACGCUUGUGGGAGGCGGAGUCACCCCCACCCCCAAGGUUUAUGCUGCUGCUCUUUUUUUUCUAACAUUUCCUUCUUUUCUUUAAACGAGGGUGGGAGGAGGUGGCAAAUUUUCUCUCAACGUGAGUUUGUUGAGGGCUUUGUCAAGGAGAGCGGGAGAAUAAAAGUGUGAGAAGUCCUGGAGGGUGGAUGGAGAAUGCGGGGUGGCUGCGGUGUGCUCGUGAGAUAGUUAACUGCGUGCUGGAAACGAGAUCCGUAAGACUAGUGACGGCCUUUCCGGGGAAAGACAAAGCCCAGGUGGGGAGAGUGGAGGUCGCGCCUCUUCCUUCUCCGUCCACCAUUGUUCGACUGUUUUCUCUUUGGUGUUUGGUUUCAGUGAAAUGAAAAUGUCUGGUGUAUUUUAUGCAAAAGUUCUUGACUAGUGAAGUUGCCAAACCUGGCCAGGAAAGGGAACGGAAAAGAAGGCCAAGACUGACAGAUCACUAUAGUCUAUUGGUUAGGCAUUUUCAGUUUUCUAACUACCGGGUUCCACUCGAUCUGGGAAAUACUUGAAUCUCUAGAUAUAUAGUAUCCUAAACAUUUCCUUAAACACUUUUCUAACUUCGAACUCGCUAUACUCCUCCACUCCUUCCCUCCUCGCUUUCUUUUUCCUCGGGUAAAAUGGUUUUUGGCAUACUUCUCACGCAUGUCUAUUGCGCCUUCCCUCUGCAAAGCCACCACUGGGUUGCUGAGACCCGCUCUGCCAACCCCAGCUACAGGAGGGGUUUCCUUGAACUUGAAGAAAGGUACAUCAAAACCCACCAGUGUUAACUGCCACGUCAAUUUUGAUGCUAAUAAUGUGCAGAUUAUGACGAAAAUUGCCAAUCAUGCUCUCUGAUGGACCUCCUUUGAAUGUGGAAUUGUAGAAAAGUUCCCCGCACGGAGACCUGCUGUCAAGUACUAACAACCCGCUAAGGGAAGUCAUUAGGAGAGACGGAUAAGAGACUCGGUACAUAAAACAUUGUUCUUGGUGCAUAGAAUGUAUGUUAUUUAAUGUUAUCUCUGUUACCUGAAGUGAUUUCGCAGAAGAAAGCCACGUUCUUAUCAUCUCAAUUGCCAAUUUUCAUUUUGGUAACUUGGACGCCCUGGGUAGACUUUUCUCUGUUAAGUUGAUAUUCCACCAAUGUGAACAGCCUCAUUAAAUCAAGCCCAGAUAUUUCCAUAAUGCUCCCCGCAGAGCCACUUCACUCCUCACAUAAUGAGAUUUUCUGAAGAGUUGAAGCCCUAAAAUAACUUGCUAGUGCAUGUUCAGGCCCAACGAAGUGGGUAUGUGUGUGUGUGUAU